AUGGGUCGUAUACCUCCGGUGUCCAGCCUCAUGUCCCCCCCAGAGUCCAAACCGUUCGAGUCAUUUAACUCCUCAUUUCCACCUCACAGAGUAUCGCAGGACCAACUGUUAUCUCAUGAAAUGCACCUCGCACCCAUUUCAGGUAACCGAAAACGAACACAGUCCGAGAUGGAUCUACCAUCGCCACCCGUGACUCCGUACACUGGGAAUCAUAAGAAAAGCAAGUCUAUUGACCCAGAGCAACCCGAAGGAGAUGCCUUGGCCGUGUCAAGAGACCCUGUCCUUUUUUCAGCGCAUGAAUCCCUACCUGAACUUGCCAGUUAUGAGCCGCUAAUUGGCCCCAUGCCGCCGCCAUCCCCAGAAGCGGUCAUGGAGCACAUUGAAUCUCACAUGGCAAGAUUCGACAAUAAACUCAAUAAACCAACGCGCGCUGAGUAUUUCCUGGCUCUUUCUUGUGUACCGGUCGUAUGCGCUCAAUAUAAUCGGAAUCCAGCCGCAUGGGCCAAAGAGGAAAGAAAUAUCCUUGAGCGUCAGUUGGUCAUGAUGAACAGACAUCGCCCAGAUGUCUCAGAAGAUGGCAGAUUGAAAAGAAUCGCGCCAGCGCCAACAAAGAGGGUUGUUCCUGCUCAAACCCGUGUGCAGCGGACACCCAGAGUUAAGCGCACACCAAAGCCCACCCCAAAGCAAAAGGCUCUGGAUACAUUUGAAGUAUACACGCCAAAUUCCAAGCCUUCUCGUGCCAUUGGCACUAGCAGGGAUGACACAGAUUAUAGCUCCAUUCAAGAUUAUUCGCCCUCCCUAGAAGUUCUCGGCAGCAAUGCGAAAGCGUUGAAGGCCGAUUGGAAAGGCCAGAUGUUGGACCUGAGUAAUGACCCGGAGCGGGAACUGUUGAUUCCAGCUGAGAUAAACCUAGCUGCUACGCUAAGGCUUUCUUGUGCCACCUAUCUUUGCAGCAAGCGCCGCAUUUUCGAGGCUCGCGUCAAAGCCUUGAGAGUCGGCAAAGAAUUCCGCAAGACGGAUGCACAACAGGCUUGCAAAAUUGACGUGAAUAAAGCAAGCAAGCUCUGGACUGCCUAUGAACGUGUUGGUCUUUUCAACCCUGCAUACUUCCACCAGUAUCUUGAUUGA